AAAAUCCGCAGUGAAGAUAACGGGUCCUUUCAUCCUGGCACUCACUUAGUACACUGUGUGUGGGCGAUUUUUUUAUUCUUCUCGUGUCUCAUUUUUUAUCUCCUAUCAUUUGAGUUCAAUUUUUUCCUCUUUUUUCCAGCCUUCUUACAGUACCUUUGGCCAUAUAUACAAAAGUUUCACACAAUUACAGCCAACAUUACUUAAGAAGUGACAAUUUACACCCAAGUCAAGGCUUACUCUCAUAUUUUUUCAUACUUUUUGCACUCGUUCCAAUCAUAUAAGCAACUAGCAACAUACAGUCAUGGAUCUGAGAGUUGGAAAUAAGUACCGCAUCGGUCGUAAGAUUGGUGCAGGUUCAUUUGGUGACAUCUAUUUAGGCACAAACAUUAUAACAGGAGAAGAAGUAGCGAUAAAAUUGGAGUCCAUUAAAGCCAAACACCCUCAACUAGAAUAUGAAGCAAAAGUAUAUAAAGCUCUAUCUGGUGGCGUAGGUGUACCAUUUGUUAGAUGGUUUGGUGCUGAAUGUGACUAUUAUGCCAUGGUCAUUGAUCUUUUAGGACCUUCGUUGGAGGAUUUAUUCAACUUUUGUAAUCGUUCAUUCUCUCUGAAAACAGUACUUUUAUUAGCGGAUCAAAUGCUGUCCCGUAUUGAAUAUGUUCAUUCAAAGAACUUUAUUCAUCGUGAUAUCAAGCCUGACAAUUUCUUGAUGGGUGUAGGUAAAAGAGGAAAUCAGGUCAACGUGAUUGAUUUUGGUUUAGCAAAGAAAUACCGUGAUCCCCGUACGCACCUUCAUAUUCCCUACAGAGAAAAUAAGAACUUGACUGGCACAGCUAGAUAUGCUAGCAUUAACACACAUUUAGGAGUUGAGCAAUCUCGACGUGAUGAUUUAGAAUCCUUGGGUUAUGUAUUGAUGUAUUUCUGCAGAGGUCAGCUUCCUUGGCAAGGUUUAAAGGCGACAACGAAGAAACAAAAAUAUGAUCGUAUCAUGGAAAAGAAAAUGACUACACCUACAGAAUUAUUAUGUCGUGGUUUUCCGUCAGAAUUUGCUAUUUAUUUGAACUACACGCGUUCACUUAGAUUUGAUGAUAAACCUGAUUAUUCUUACCUUCGCAAACUGUUUAGAGACUUGUUUGUCAGAGAAGGGUAUACAUAUGAUUAUCAAUUUGAUUGGACAAUUUAUAAAGCUGGUCAGCAGCAGCAACAACAACAACAACAACAACCACUGGUAAACCCUUAUCCUGCUGUUGGCGCUGCGGGUAAUGGUACGCGUGAUGACACACAGAAGAAUGAUGAUCUAAAUCCACAGAAACAACCGCUACGUCAUCAUCAACCACGAGACCAACAGCAACAAUCACAACCAAAUCAGCAAACAGGGUUCUCAUUCCGUAAAGCCAAUAACAACAAUGUCAAUAAUCAACGCACGCUUAACAGUAAUAACAAUAACGCCAACAAUAAUAACAGUAACAGUCAUCUUCCGCAUAAUUACAGUAGCCAAUUCAAUAGUACCAAUAUUAGCAACGUAACCAAUCACACAACAAGUAACCAUCAUUUAAAUACUGCUGCUGGAACUCGUAUCAAUAAUAAUAACAAUCCUUAGCGAAAAAAUGGAUAUAUCUAUUUUAUUAUGUGUAUAUGAAUAAAAAGCCUUUUUAAACAAAAAGGAAAAGUCCAUCGCUCUAUUUAUAGUCACCC